AAACCAAGGUUACAAAGAUUAUUCAGAUCUAGACACACAUCGAAUGACAUGAGAUGGCAUAAAGAUAAACGAGUUGAUGUGGAGGGUGAGAUGAGGCAUCCGGCAGACUCUAUAGCUUGGAAAGAGUUUGAUAAGAUGUACCCUGAUUUUGCGAAAGAUCCACGAAAUGUCAGAUUAGGCCUUGCAACUGACGGCUUCAAUCCUUUUGGGAACAUGAGUACUUCUUAUAGUAUGUGGCCUGUGGUGGUGGUUCCGUAUAACUUGCCCCCAUGGAAAUGCAUGAAAAAACCAUUCUCCAUGUUGACAUUAUUGAUUUCAGGACCUCAAUCACCGGGAAAAGAUAUUGAUAUAUUUUUGCGUCCGUUAAUUGAUGAGCUUAAGGAGCUAUGGGAGAAGGGUGUUGAGACUUAUGAUAAGAUGACUGAAUCUUAUUUUACCAUGAACAAUUAUAGUUUUUAUUCCGUAAUUAUGAAUAUAUCAAAUCAAUUAUAGUUAUCUAUGCGAAAUCUUCGUACGCCAUCCUUCCUAUUCUUCUAUCGAACAAGCGGGAAAAUUAGGCGGGAUGUGCAGAGAGAGUAGGCGGGAUUUUGAGAGAAAAGAUAGGAGUCCUAAUUAGGACUCUUCCUAACCCAAAAGAGAUGGACGACGAUAUAAAAGGGAAUCGGCUCUGUUCAUCACAACAUCAACUUCGACUCUUUCUCUGCAAUCUUCAUUUUGAAGGAUUACGGGUAUUCUUCGUUCAAUUUUCCGGUGUUCAAUUUUCCAGAUUGAAGGUGUUUAGGACCAAACACAUCCACGAAAACAAUGUCCUCUCAAUCUCUGCAACUUGGACGAGGAAAAAUGAUAAGGAAGCCUGCUAAUGCAACAACAAGAGCAUCCAAAUUAGCUUCUCAGCUACCAUCACAAGCAGCACUAAGAGCAACUUCUUAUGCAGCACCCACAACAACUGAACUGCCAUUUGAAGAGCCACAAGCUGAUCAACAUCCUACAGCUCACAACUCAGAGAAUUCCUCUACCCCUGCUGAAUUGAAAAAAACACGUGGCAAAACAACUGGGAAAGGUAUGAUUGAGAUGAUUGCUAGCAAUGGCAACAAGAAGGUGGAGAUAAUAUUUGACCAGAAGCAUUGGGUCCCAAAUACUGAGUACAGCAAUAAGAAGUUCACUACCGCUAUAGGGAUUGAGGUUCGAAGGCGAGCUCCGGUAUGUUACCGCGGAUGGAAUAAGAUUUCAGGAGAUAUUAAGAGGACACUACGAGAGGGAUUGACGGUAAUUUUAAAACAUCCAAAAAUUAUCUAUUUUGUGGAUGAUAAGAUGCGCUCGGCGUAUACUCAAUUCAAGUGGAAGUUGCACGAUCACUACCAAAAAUGUGGCACAUCUAUUCGGGGACGAGCCACACUUCCUCCACCUGAUCUAUGGGGUGAGAGAUCGACAGAGGAGUGGCAUUGGCUAUGUGAUGAACUCUACACCGAUCCAAAAUAUAUUGAUAAAUGCAAGAAGAAUUCAACUAGCCGAAAGAGACAAAGGAGUACGCAUCGUGGCGGAGCUAUGCCUUUCAUUCAACAUGCUUUGAGGACAGUCAAGGAGGGCAAUCCUUUGUCUUUCAUAGACAAUUGGGCAGCUAUGUAUCAAGAUUCAAAUAGCAAUUGGGUUAGUGAUGCUGCACGUGAUAAAUAUGAUCGACUGAAAAAUAAGAGAGAAGAGCAUAAGGAGAAACUAACCCUAGAGGCACCAGAGGGUACUCCACCAGAAUCUGUACAAGUUACUGCGCGUGAUGAGAUUCCAAUCAUGGCUGAAGAGUGUGGAAGGAAGGGAAAAAGAGUUCGUGGUUUAGGCUCGUUUCCUCGCAUGGAGCUUCCAACUGUUACAUCUUCAACAGCUGUGAGUUCUGAGAUGAACGUAAUGCAAGAUAAAGUUAAGAAGCUUGAAUCAACUGUGGACACUAUGCGGUCACAAAAUGCACAGCUAAUGACAAUGUUGAAGAAGUUCCUGAUGAAUAGCCAAGGCUGUUUUGCUGAUACAGAAAACAUUGACAUGAAUAUCGUAGUACCCAACAGUGAAGAAGAUGAUGUCUUUGGAAGAGAUGAAGACGGUGUCCAAAACAAUGGAGAUAAUUCUGAAACAGAGGAUUUUGAGGAAGAUUUGUGAUUCAUAAAGUCAUUUUUAGUAAUUUUUGGAUUAGGAUUUAGCUAGUCUAGCUUGGCAAACAAUUUUUCUUUUUAUUAGCUAUUAUUAUUUUGUGGGUAGAAUUUUGUAAACUCUAUUUGAUUUAUGAUUUAAUAAAUCUUUUGAUUAA